CAUGGAUAAAGGAAUUGCAAAUAUGAAGAAUCAGAUUCGGAUAUUGAAAAAGCAUCGAUCUGGCAAACUUGCUACAAAGGCGCCCUCUCCUACACCGAGUUUUAACUUGUCUAAAUAAACAGAAAUUGAAGGCUAUUCCUUCCAAAAGGUUAUAAUUCAGGUUUUAGUGAGAACUCCUAAACAUGAAGAACUGAGGCCACAAACCAAAACAAGCUUUUACUCUCAAUGGAAGGAAAAAGUCUGAAAUGCUAAAGAGGAAAUACCAGUCCAGGAAGAACCAAGCAGGAAAGUCUCCAGAGGACUAGCUCUAGGACAGUCCUGGGCUAAGUCUACAUCUAGCUUGUGUCCAAAAGUGCCAACAUCAAGCCCCAAAAAAAAGAGAUUCAAAAAUCAGCUAGUAAUGUCAAGUUUGAAGAAAAAUUCAAUGAAAAAGUCAAAAAUGUUCAAAUCAAAGAAGCUGACUUUGAGUCAUAAUAUAAACAAGAGGAGAUCAGUUGAACCCCAGGAUAUCCUGUUCCUUAACAACUCUCAAAAAGUCCAACUAUAUAAUCAGAGUUCUCAAUCAAAUUUGAGGUACACAAGGAAGAUAUGCAAUAGUGCAUGUGAUACUCGGUAUCAUCUCAGGUCUAGUACUCCAGAUGGGAUCUGUAAUAAAAGUUUAAGCCAAACCAUCAGCAAGUACAUGAAUAAGCAAAAUAUCACUAAUCCUACCGAGUGAGCAACUCCUGCGAAUCAGAAUCAUCAAGAGGUUAGCGUAGGGACGAUAGAUCCUUGCUGGAAAUGUAAGCAGAAAAGUAAGCUCUGAACUUGCCAGGUAGCUCUCUCUGUACCUUCUUGGCUCCUCAAGAAGUUGGAAACCCCAAAAGAUGAAGGCAAGGCUACGAAAAUAAGUUCAGAAAUAUACUCCAUUGGCCUAAAGCUCUUAAAAGAGCAUACGAAUGAGAAUGGUGUCAAGUUCUUACAAAAGAUUGAAGAGAGUUUGGAUUCUAAGAUUUCAGAGUACAGCACCAAACUCUCCUCUUGAGCCUCUUCUAACUCCUUACUCCAGUCAAAAGUUGAUUCCCUUACUAAAUCUCUAUCAGAUCUCACUGCUCAAUUUGACCAGUCAAAACAAGAGGCUCAAUGCCUGAAAGACCAGCUUAGGCUAAGUGCUCAGGACUUGAGCCAAGCAAUGAAGGACUUUGAACAAGUCAAUGAGGCUCUUAAGGCUACUAUGAGCAAGCUUAAAUAAGUCACAGAAUUAUGAGAAACGCCUAAUGUACUUGAUCUUCCUGGCCUGAGAGGAAGGAUAUCCAGUUGAUAAGUUAUAUGAAGCUAAUGUGGGGAAACUUUCUUCGAGGAUCUUUGAAGACAUGUCCUCAAGAGUUGAGAAGGAUGAAGUAACUAGUAUGUUCAAGAAUUGUCCGAUAAGUCACAUUUUGCCAUCAGAAAGAGAGGUUAACCUGAUCUCAGAUUCGUAUUGAGGUAGCUCACAGAUCUUUGACUCUAAGGCUAGUUAUGAGCCUAUAAAGUACUAUUCCGUACAGAAAAUUAGCAAGAAGCCUUCUCAGGUGGCUCUUCUUGAUUUUGCCAAACUUCAAGAAAGCUCUUCAAUAUCAAAUAGAAGUGCAUCUUUUCUGGAUUUUAAGGAAGAAAUCAUAAUUGACAAGCUACUAAGAUUCCGGAAGUGUAGAUCCCAUGACGAUAUCUUCCUGUCUCUUUGAAGUGAGACGGAGCGAACUUAAGAUUUUUCUAGUUCAAUAAAUUCUUACAAAA